AUGCCUCUGUCUUGUUUGUCAUCCAACUUGCUGUCCCACAUGACAGCCUUGAGGAGUGUGCCGCCGCCUCCACUCCGCGGUGUCCCAAGGCUGAAAAUGUCUAAGCACAUUGAUUACGGUCAGUUGAAUGCAUUAUGCCAUGCGAGAGGACUACAAAGCAGCUGGAAUACGUGCACCAUCCUUUCAGUUCACAAUAAGUUUAUAAAGCAAUAUCCUAAAAUAUUUCUGCAGGGGAGAAACAGACUGCCUAAACUUUUCAAACAGGAGGGACAAAGAAACCCUACGAAAGGCAUGGAAGAAAGUCAGCCCCAGCAAGUUGAAGACGGCUCUCACGAUAUAGCUGUCUAUGUUAAAAAAGCACGAGGGGGCCACAGUCUAUACAGACCCAAAGAAUCCAAAGAGCAUUUAGAAGAACUCCUGUCUAUCUUAAAGAAAUUGCCCAUUCAGAGGACACUGCGUGAACACAACACUGUAUGGAAGAUGCUGAAAACAGUUCCAGAUUUAACUUCUCAGCUAACGGAUGAGCAUCUGAAAAUACUUAGUAAGAGUGUCACUUCCGAAACCUGGGUAAAAGGCAGCACAGUGGUUGCAAAUGACGGGUUUUAUGUACUGCUGAAAGGCCUUGCUCGGCCCCAAACACAGAUACACAACGAUCUGAUUGAGGAAAAUGAGUCCACAGCCGCCUUCACACCUCAGAGUUCCCACAGCUUCGUUCUCUGUGACGACUUAGAAAACGCUACACUUGCUGAGAUGUACUUGCCUUCGGUUUUUUCACAGCUUGGACCAUGGAGUACCUUUGGAACCCUGGAAGUUACAGCUCAGGUCCAAUUGGAAGCAGACGAGUACUCAGUGGUGACAGAAGAAGACUGUGAAAUUCUUAAGAUCCCCUCAAAGGAUUAUGCGAAUUUAAAAUCGGAAAAAACACAACUUAAAAAUAAACAAACAGUGAGAUUAAUUCGAAAGUGUCCGUAUUAUGAGGAGUGGCCAACUUUAUCCAUAUAUGAUCUAGUUCUGCUUGUUAAAUGGAAAAAAUUUCCUCCAGGUCAUGUGAUAGUGGAAAGUGGAAAUAUAAUUUCUUUUGUGGCUUAUAUUAAUUCUGGGUAUUGUAACGUUUAUAGAAAUAUUGUAGGAUUUGCAAGACUACAGUCAAAAAAAGUGAAAAAAAUUCAAAAACUUGUUUAUAUGGGUCAACUUAAUGAGAAGGAGUCCUUUGGUGAGAUUAGCGUUCUUCUUCAAGUUCCUUUCACGUGCACAGUAAUUACCGGAAAAGAGGUGGAGAUGGCAGUCAUUGAAGACAAGGCUAUAUUUGAAGGCGAGCGGGGGCCCGGCCCCGCGUGCUCCCGCUGCCAGUGCGUGGGGCCCGCGCGGUCAGGUCUGUGCUGCGUGCGGGCGUUUUGUGCUUCUGCUGAUGCCCCUGGCUCCAGGGCCCCGAGGGGACAUCUGCAGUGCUCUCCGUAUGCGGAGCCCAAAAGCCUCGAUGUGCCUCCCGGAGAGAAUCCCCGCUACUUAGGCAAGCUGCCCUCCGCGGGAGUCACCGGGCUGCUGGUGUGA